UUAGUGUGUUUUCGCCGGUUAGACGUUCACAUCGCCACAUUUCUGAAAACAAGUUUUGAAUUUUUGCAAAGAUUUUUCACUCGUCUUCAAAAAACAAGAACAUCAGUCUACUGCGUUGGUUUGUUUUGCCAUGUCUCAAAACCACUACCAACCGAGAUUCAGAGGACCUCCUCCUCACUGCGCUGGACAGUACGGUCCCCCCGGUGAAUACAAUGGUCUCAGAAAAGCUUUUGAGAACUGCAGGAGGGAAAACCUUCACCUACGAGAGAGCGAGUACCAACUGCGAAGUCGCCUAAACGGUCUUCUGGCAGAGAGGAGGAAUUUAUGCCAUAAGGAUGGGCUUGUAGCUCUUAGAGAAGAAAUGGAGUCCAAAUACAAGCAACUGGAGAAAAGAAAUGAAAAGCUGGAACAAGAAAACAAAAUACUAGAAGGGAAGCAGCUAGACGCGGAUGAAUUGAAGGAAAAGCUGUCAGACGCAUACUUAAGAAUUGAAGCAGAAAAUGAGUACCAGCAAUUUCUAAGGGAGAAACAUUCGGAGGAAGUCCAAAAUUUGAAGGAGAAAUGUCAAGACCUGGAACAGAAGCAGGCACUGUUGGAGGACAAAAAUAAAGAAUUGGAGGAAGAGAAGAUCAAACUGGAGGACAAAAAUAAAGAAUUGGAAGAAGAGAAGAUCAAACUGGAGGACAAAAAUAAAGAAUUGGAGGAAGAGAAGACAAAACUGGAAGACAAAAAUAAAGAAUUGGAGGAAGAGAAGACAAAACUGGAAGACAAAAAUAAAGAAAUGGAGGAAGAGAAGACAAAACUGGAAGACAAAAAUAAAGAAAUGGAACAAAAGAAGAAAAAACUGGAGGACAGAAAUAAAGAAUUGGAGGAAGAGAAGGAAAAGGUAGAAGACAAAUAUACAGCACUUGAGCAGAAGCAUAAAGAAGUCCAGGACAGGAGCACAGAAAUGCUUCAGGAGAAGAUCCAACACCUUCAAAAAUAUGAAGAACUUGAGAGGAUUCACAAAGAACUGCAAAGCAGAAACAGUGAAAACCAGGAGGAUCAGAAAAAGCAGAAACAAGAAGAGCUUGAACAAAAGGGCAAAGAAGAGGAUGAAAAGUUUAACAAACUGCAGGAAGAUUUUGAGAAGAUUCAAGCAGACAAUGAAAACCUCAAAGAAAAUAACACACUGGAGAUGAAAAACGAUGAGUUGCAGGCGCAAGAACAGCAAAAGAAAAAAGGAUCCAGCUUUUUCAAGAGGAAGUCAAGCAAGAAAGAGGAAAAACCAAAACAAGACCAGGAAAGUGUAGAGAAAGAAGAAAAGGUGGAAAAGAUAAACAGCAAAGUAGAAGAGAAAGAGAAAGGAAAGAAGAAGAAGAAGAAGACAGGCUGUUGGAGCUGGUUUUUCAGGAGUAAGAAAGGUUCUGGUGAGAUGAGAGUGGAAGAGGCUCCUGAGUCUGGACAACUGUAGGAGGUUCUACAUUUCAUUACUAUUCACAUCCCCACCCGGAUCCUCCCUGCACCUCCCUCUACCCUCCGUCUACCCCCUUCUUCCCUCCUUCUCCCCCUUCACAUCUCCACCCCACCCGUAUCCUCCCUGCACCUCCCUCUACCCUUCGUCUACCCCCUUCUUCCCUCCUUUCCCCCUACCCCUGCAACCUCCAUUUCCCAUCUCCAUCGACAGGUCUUUCUACGUGAAGAUCUGUUUUCUCUGUAUCUUAAUAAAAAAUAAAGUUGAACAUAACCAGAACUAAAUAAGCAUUUCUUUUUACGAGAAAGCACAAUUAUGCAACCCGUUUCCCUAUAAACUAAAAACCAGUGGAUAAACAGACUAAUGAAUAGGUAAUAAAACUUGUUAAAUAUGACCAACUGCGACUCCACUUGAAACCUGUUAAAGCAACACAAGUAUUCAGCUUUCAGGGGGUAGAAAUGCUGCCACCUUUUGGGGAAUUAUAAGGAUGGUGUACAUUGUACACCCUUCAGCUGUGCAUAAAAUCACUGAAAA